UUGAAUGAAAACCCAGUAUAAAAAUAUCACAAAUAAAACCUUGAUUGGUUUCUGGAGACUUCUUGGGAGGUCUCUUCUGCUCAAUGUUUCUUUCCCCAUUCCUCCCAAACACCCAGGCCUAAAACAUGUUUAAUGUUUCGUAUCCAAAUCACCGAGGUGUAGUAGUAGUAGUAGUACACCAAGUUGUAUCACAUACAAAUUCUCUUUCUUCUAUGAUUGCCUUGUGUUAAGCAGCCUCUUGGGUACUAUAAUUUGUCGACCUGAAAUAUUUGGUUUGUUGUGUUGUGGUUUUGGUGGUGUUGUCUUUGUGCGAGUUUGGUUUUUUGCUUCAAGGGAAUUUGAAGAAUGGCUAAUAUGGAAGAGAAAGGCAAUGACUUUUAUGCUGUUUUGGGGUUGAAGAAGGAAUGCUCGGACUCGGAGCUCAGGAAUGCCUAUAAGAAACUUGCACUGAGAUGGCACCCAGAUCGUUGCUCGGCCUCAGGAAAUUCAAAGUUCGUGGAAGAAGCCAAGAUGAAGUUUCAGGACAUUCAACAAGCCUAUUCUGUUCUGUCUGACGCGAACAAGAGAUUUAUGUACGAUGUAGGAGCUUAUGAAGGUGAUGAUGACGAAAAUGGAAUGGGUGAUUUUUUGAACGAGAUGGCGGUGAUGAUGAGCCAGACUAAGCCGAAUGAAAAUGGAGGGGAGAGCUUUGAACAAUUGCAGGAACUCUUUGAAGAAAUGUUUCACGGAGAUAUUGAGAGUUUUAGCUCCUGCUCCCAGCCUCCUGCUUCCUGUUCUACUUCUUCAUCUUCAUACACAUCCUACUGUGAAAGUUCUACACCCAAUAACAAACGUAAUUCCUCUGAAAUGAAUUAUGGCAACGCAACCUUGGACAGUUCUGGUUUUGACACUCAUUUUCACAGUUUUUCUGUAGGGACAGGCGGAAAGCCAGCAAGGGAUCGGGAAAGGGAUGCCGGGAAGAGAAGGGAUUCCAGGAGGAGUAACGGGUAGGCGAAGGGAGGGCAGGAAACAAAAGGUUACAUCUGGGCACGAUGUCUCAUCUAAUGAUCACUCGGGUAUAUCUGCUAGAUAAUGCCAUUGAAUUGAUUCAGCUAUUUACCGAUUGCUAGAGAAUUAGUUGGCAGAGUUUUUAUCAGCUUGGAGAGUGCAGUAGCAAAAACAUCAUCAGCUUGAAGCAAUUACUGGUUCAAUUUAGGAAAACUAUUUAAUUAAGGUCAGGGUGAGCUUCCUAGUGCAUUUCUGCCAUGCCAUACAAUUUAAUGGUGAUGACAUUGUCUGAACUGUUCAUCUUUUUUUUUUUUUUUUUUUUAUGUUAAUUGAUGAGAUUUCCCUGUUUUUGCUA